AUGGCUCCUCGUCCAGAAACCUUGACGUGCUGCCUGAGCCAAGCUGGCAUUGCCUCUGCACCUUUGAAAGCGAAUGAAGUGGAGCGAGUUAAAUCCGAACUUCGGCAGCGCGCAAAGGCUUCAAGCAGAGCGGCAGACAGUGUAAGUGUUGAUGAAGUGCUGCAUGUGCUGCGCCCAUUGGUCGAAUUGCUGAAACAAACGGCUCCAGAUUUCACUUCAGCACAGGUUUCUUCCAGGCAAAGUUUCUGGCGCAAUGCCGCAGAGGUCACCCUGGGACGUGCUGAGGGAGCUGCAAUUUUCAAGCGUUUAUUAAAGGAUCCCGGUGUCAUCGCAGCGGUUGAUGAACGGCUUUGCCUGGAGCUAGCGCCAGCUGCCGGUGAAGGAGCAAAACGGCGCAAGGUUGCAGAAGCGACGCCGGCACCAGAGGCAGCUUCUUCGACCCACAAGGGAAUCAUGCAACGACAUGCAACCCAGAUGGAGGCCCUGCGACGACAAUGUGAUCAAGAUGAAAAAAUGCUCCUGGAAAAGCACCAAAAGGCCUUCGAAAUGAGGAGGUUAUCGUACAUUGAGAUGAUGGACACGGCUUUGGGGAAUCUCAAACUGGACCAGGAGAAACAAAUGCGUUGGCUCAAAGAUCAUUCACGAGCGAGAACGGAAGCUUUGCGAUCAAAACAGCUUGGCGACUUUUUCUCCCCGGUCCUUCAUGUCACUUUGGGUCGGGGGAAUGUCCAUGUCUGUCAGGGCUUCUACGAGUUGAGUCCCAUCCAUACCCGCGGCUGGCAGCCAGUGUACCGUAAAUACAAAUCAAGAUAUUUCCUCUAUCUGUCGAAGCAAUGUUGGUGGAUCAGCACUGAGUCGAACAUGCUGAUGCGACAGCCACGAGGUUUGUUGCAUAGUGGAGCUGUCCGUUUGAAUGAUUCACCUGCUCGACCUGAAAGAGCGACAAAUUGGAAAGUUGUUGGUUCAGGAAAGAAGUGGGAAUCAAUAGAUUUGAAGCUUGAUGAUUUGAAGGAGCCAAAAGCUGAGUUUGUAGUGGUCUCAAUGGCAGGCACUGAAUUGCUGCGAAAGUCUUUUCAACUUCAUGAGACAGUUGUCACCGUGAAGACAACACUCAGCAGGACUUUGAAGUCAAGUUGGAACAGACCAGCUGAUUUUAUCCGACUUUGUUUGGGAUCGCAAGCUCUCAGCAAUGCAAAAGAGCUGGGUCGUCUUACAAUUGGAGCUGGGACUCCCCUUCAGGCUGUUCUGAUACCCAUAAAUUGCAAGCACUGCAUGGUCUCACUGGAGAAGCAAUGGUAUCCAUGCUGUCGUUGCUCAAAUUGUCACCAAUACCUAUGCUUGGAGUGUGGGGCGAGAUGUAGGGAAUGUGACUACUGCAUGGCCAAUAUUUGCAAUGAAUGUGCCAUGGAUUGCGACCAUUUGUGCUGCAGAUGUUGUGCUGAAGAGUCCGAAUAUUCGGAAGAGGACGAUGGGGAGUUCUACUACUAG